UGGUCCAACAGUUACAACACAUUGAAAAUUGAAAAAUGGUUACUACUUGACAGCUUCCUCAUUCGCCCUCGUUACAUCCUUUUUUAUUUCAAAUAAAUAAGACUUCACCUGCCAAAAAGGAAAAAUAUUACGCAUUUUUUUUCAAUUGAUUUUAAAACUGACCUCAUUUUGGUUAUAAAUAAAUUCUAAUCCAUGUUUUUUUGGGACAUAUUUACUGCUAAAAUGUAAAGGUAACUGCUCAUGAUUGCUAAUAGGUGGGGAGUUGAACUGUUUGCCAGUCAAAAAAAAAAAAAAUCUCCCACUCACAACUGCAUGUGUGCAACUUCCUCAUGAAGUGUUUUACAGCUCGAGAGCGCAGAUAGUAGAUCAAACCUUCGGUAGCAGCCAGCUCGACCUUGGCUGGGGUGGCCGCUCACCAAGUCGGCCAGGUAUUGCUCAUACAGCCAAAAUGCUCCGACAGUCUCUCAGCAUUCUGAAGCAGCUUGGAUCUUCUGCAAAGUCUCAAGAUGUCAGUGAGCUUCUACAAGAAGACCUGGUUGUGGUGGAGCAACGGGUGGAACCCGCCAAGAGAGCAGCUCAGGUCCUCCAUAAGAAGUUGCAAGGCUGUAUGCAGAGCCAGUCGGGACUGGAUACUGAAAAACGGAUGAAGAAGCUUCCUCUGAUGCUGCUGUCAGUCGGCAUGGCGGAAAGCUUCAAAGACUUUGACGCGGAGUCUCCCAUCAGGCGGGUGCUGGAGAUGUGCUGCUUCAUGGAGAAGAUGUUGGCCAGCCUGCUAGCAGACUACGAGAUGAAAGUGGAGAAAGAAGUCUUGGAGCCAUUGAAUAAACUUAGUGAGGAAGAAUUACCAGAGAUCCUCAAAAACAAGAAGCACUUUGCAAAGCUCAACGCAGACUGGAAUAAUGCGCGACUCCGGAGCCAGGCCAGCACCGGUCCACAAGCAAAGCAGGAUGGGCUCAAGGAGGAGGAGGAAGAAGCUUGGAGGAAGUUGGAGACCAUCAAGAACCAGUACUCAGCAGACCUGUAUCACUUUGCAACCAAAGAGGAUGAUUACGCCAGCUACUUCAUUCGCCUUUUGGAGUUGCAAGCGGAAUACCACAAAAAUUCCCACGACUUCCUGGAUCGAAAUAUAAAUGAACUGAAGGAGAAUUACAGCCAAAAAGGGCCGCCAGUGAACCCUUUUGGACAGAAGGUUUUUGGGGAGCCGCUGGCCUCUCAUUUGCAGGAAAGCAACAACGAAAUCGCUGCACCCAUCCAAGAGUGCGUUCAUAUGCUGCUCAGAACAGGAAUGAAAGAGGAGGGUCUCUUUCGGCUGGCGGCUGCGGCCUCGGUAGUGAAGAGGCUGAAGACUUGUUUGGAUCAGGGGAAGGUUGAUCAUAGCGAGUUCAGCAUGGAUCCUCAUGCUGUGGCUGGUGCGCUGAAGUGUUACCUGCGAGAACUCCCUGAACCUCUAAUGACCUCUGAACUCUACAACGACUGGUUUAAAGCAGCAGGUGAAAAAGACAUGAGUGACAAGCUGGAGAAGUUCAGAGCUUUGCUGAAGAAGCUGCCCCCGGAGAACUACAACAACCUCAGGUACCUGGUCCAGUUCUUGUCCCUGCUGUCCCAGCAGCAGUCUUCCAACAAGAUGACUCCCAGCAACAUCGCCAUCGUACUCGGGCCUAACCUGCUCUGGCCGCGAGCUGACUGGGAGAGCCCUCUGCUCGACAUGGCGUCCGCCUCCUCAGUCCAGGUGGUAACGGUUAUCGAGCCUCUUAUUCAAUACAGCGACACUCUCUUCCCUGAAGGGGUGUCCUUUGAGGUCCCAGAGGCCCCCGAGGUCCAAGUUGAUCCUCCAGUCCAGUCCUCCGUCUCAGAACGGGCGCCACUGAGCAGAACCGUCUCCUCAUCCUCCACGGCUUCCUCUUCCUCUUCCCACCUCCCUCUCUCCAAGACAAACAGCAUAUCUUCUCAAGAUGGUGUCUCCUCCAUGAAGCCUGUUUCUGCCAGGCGCUCAGCAUGGGCAUCUGAGGCGGCAAGGCUGCAAAAAGAAACACCCACGCCAGAACCCACCUUGUCGUCCAACCGGAACCCGACGCAGCCAACCCCAACUGCGGGAUCCAACCAAGGAGAGAACAAAGACCAAGCCCAGAAACAGUGCUUGGAACCGCUGGUGUCCAUUUCGGAGGCCCCUCUUACCGCUCCUAAAGAUGUUGUGAGGAUCACACCAAACAAACCAAAGAGAUGCGCCAGUGUGAGAAAAGCAAACGAGCCGAUGACGGUUCUCUACAGCAAACCCAAAGCCCCGGUGCCACCCAAGCCACGAGCCCCCUUGGCGCCCACAGCCACCCACAGUGGCACCCCGGGGGUGACUCCUCCAGUUCAACCAGCCGGCCUCAAAAAGCCACCGUUUAAAAAGGCCGGACUUAAAGCCCCAAACUGCCCUCCACCGCUUCCCCCUCCAGUACAGACGACAGAAGCGCAGUAAGAUGAGAUGUAGAGGAUCACAACUUGACCCAAACACCUAAACCUCACCUCAGGUGUCCCAAUACUUUUGUCCAUGGUGUAUCUGCAUAUUGUUUGAGUUCAUUGUACUUGAUUAAUGUAUUUAUUUACACAAAGGUUUGGAUUUCAAAAUAAUAGCACACCUCUCAGCUAAUAAAGUCUGGACAUUAAUAUUUAUUACAUCUCUCCACCACACUCCGAAAAUUAUGAGAGCAUAUAGUCAUAAUAUUGACAUUAAAGGUUGAAUUUAUGAGAUUAACAAUGAAAGAUAAAGUCAUAUGAGAUUUUUAAAAAGUUGGAAUUAUGAGCGAGAAAAAAAGUCUUAUAGGUCGAAAUUAUGAUCUGAGACAAUUAUGAGAGCGGAAAGUCAAAAUAUUGACAUAAAAUGUACAAAAUAUGAGAUAGAAAGUCAUGAUUAUGUGUC